AUGUUCAAUAUUAAAUACCUAACGCCAAUAGGGCUGUUAGUAGGUUUUAUUUAUGCUUUGUAUGCAUUUCAAAGUCAAACCUCUCCAAAUGCAGCCUUACCUCCGUUUAAAUGCCAAGUAUAUGAUAAAGUACAUGGUACUAAUCCAUCUUCAAUGCAAUUAAUGUUUAAGAACAAGGAGUUCCGUGAUGACUCAAUCAAGAAGUUAGCCAAUGCAAUCCGUAUUCCAACUGAAAUGUUUGAUAAAAUGCCAAAUCCUGAAGAUGACCCUAGUUUUGAAGGUUGGUUGCCUUUUAGAAAAUUACAUGAACAGUUGAGAAAUGACUUCCCAUUAGUUUGGUCUUCUUUGAAUGUUGAAACUGUGAACCAUUAUGGACUAUUGUUAACAUGGAAGGGUUAUAAUGAGACUCUAAAACCUGCCAUUUUUGCUGCUCAUCAAGAUGUUGUCCCUGUAGAAAAGAAGACUUGGAACGAAUGGAAACACGAACCAUUCAGUGGUCACUUCGAUGGUGACUAUAUCUGGGGUCGUGGUUCCUUUGACGAUAAGAGUAUGCUAAUUGGUAUUUUACAAACAAUUGAAUAUAUUUUAAAGAAUGAACCUGAAUUUGUUCCUUCAAGAUCAAUUAUUUUGGCAUCCGGUUUUGAUGAAGAGGCUUCCGGUAAUUACGGUGCAAAAUACUUGAAUGAGGUAUUGCUUGAAAGGUAUGGCCAUGAUGGUAUCUACUCAAUUGUUGAUGAGGGUAUGUCAGGUAUCAGUGAAAUCGCUGGUGUAAUGAUGGCCUCUCCAAGUACUGGUGAAAAGGGUUUCUUAAAUCUUGAAUUCAGAAUUGAUACGAGAGGUGGCCACUCUUCUGUUCCACCAGAUCAUACUUCUAUUGGUAUUGCAGCUGAUUUAAUCAAGUUAAUUGAAGAUCAGAAAUUCGAACCUUUAUUCACGAAAAGAAACCCAAUUACUGAUUAUUUCCAAUGUGCUGCUGAAUUUUCAACCAAAAUGGAUUCUAAUUUAAAAUGGGACUUUUUACAUGCCAUAGAAGAUCGUGCUGCUAACCAACGUGUGCUUGAUUUCAUAAUCAACAAAGUAGGAAGACUUGCAGAAUAUUUCUUCCGUACUUCCCAAUCUGUCGAUAUGAUUAAAGGUGGUGUGAAGAGCAAUGCUUUACCAGAAUCCGUUUCAUUUGUUGUCAAUUCAAGAAUUGCUGUAGAAUCUUCUGUUGAGGAAACCAUUCAAAAAUUCAUUAAGCAAGCUGAAGAAAUUGCCAAUAAAUAUGAUUUAACUUUAACUAGAGAUGGCAAGGAUAUUCUAACCUCCGGUAAGAGUGGUAAAAUAACCCUUUCAACGCUAUCCACUUUAGAGCCAGCCCCUGUCUCACCAGCAAAUGAUGUCUGGAGAGAAUUUGCAGGUACUAUUAAGGGUUACUUCGAAGAUGUUAUUUUCCCAUUAACAGCUUAUUCUGGCAGAGAACUUAUUGUUGCCCCAUCUAUUAUGACUGGUAAUACUGAUACUUCUCAUUACUGGAAUUUAACCAAGAACAUAUAUAGAUUCCAUCCAUCUUUUGCUAAUAUGGACGUUUUAUUAACAAUUCAUUCAGUUAACGAACAUAUCGAUCCUGAUUCAGUGAUGCAUGUCAUUGGGUUUUUCUAUGAUUACAUUCAUGUCAUUGCUUGA